AUGGCUUCCAAAAUCCUUACUCUUCUCACCGCACUCUCCUCCACCGCCCUCAUCCCGGGCGUCGCAGCCAUGCGCUUCGUGACCCGGGAGGAAUGGGGCGCCGCGGCACCCGACGGCGAGUACACCGCAAUGACAAACGCCAAGGGCGUCAAAGUGCACUAUCUGGGACCCAGCUUUUCCGGCCGGGAACAUUCCGAAUGCGGCGCAUACAUGAAGUCGAUCCAGGAGAUGCACAUGAGCGACCCGACGCAGGGCUGGAUGGACAUCGCGUACAACCUGGCCGUGUGCGAGCACGGAUACGUGUUCGACGGACGCGGCAAGGGCCACCGCAGCGGAGCCAACGGCGACCAGACGCUCAACGCGGAGCACUACGCGGUGUUGACGUUCCUCGCGAAGGAGGGCGUGACGGAGCCGACGGACGAGCAGGUUACGGCCCUCCAGGACGCGAUUGCGUAUCUGCGGCGCGCGGGAGCGGGCGACGAAAUCAAGGGCCACAAGGACGGAUACAACACUGAGUGUCCUGGCGGGCCGCUCUACAAGUUGGUCCAGGAUGGAAGCUUGGAUCCCGGCAAGCUGUAUGACGGUGGUGAACAUACUGUGGCUGAGGGCGAGACCCUGGAUGACCUUGAGGCAGAAUACAACGUCCCCAAGGAGUAUAUUGUCCAAGUGAACGAUUUGAAGGCCCCAUAUAACCUGACUGUUGGUGAUAUCCUGGAGAUCCCUGCGCGCGGUGUUCCUAUUGAGGGGUCAUCUGGCGGCGGUGGCAGCGGAAGCGGCAGCGGCGGCGGUGGUGAUGGUGGAAACUAUGUGGAUUUUCCAGGCGCAGAAUGGUUCCACUCUAAACCUAACAGUCCGGUAAUCAAGGCCAUGGGGGAGAGAUUGGUGGAGGAGGACUGUGAUAAGUAUAGCAGCGGCCCUUCCACUCAAUGGACCGAUGAAGACAAAGCAGCCUACCAGUGCUGGCAAGAGAAACUCGGGUUCACCGGCGCCGAUGCCGAUGGCUGGCCAGGCCAGACCACUUGGGAUAAGCUCAAGGUCCCAAGCAGUUAA